AUGGACUUCCUUGACGCAGUCGACCGCGAGGCUGGCGAGCCUGGGGCACGCGAGCUUGAGGCAGCGCAGCGGCGUCUCGUCCACGUAGAAGCAGUUCUCCUUCUUGGGCUUCCACACGAGCUUGAAGUGAAGCAGGGUGGCGGCGGCGAGACUGGGAGCUUCCAGGCCGAAGAGAUGGAGGGCCUCAAGGUCUUCCAGCACCGGGCACAGGCUCACGAACUUCUCCAGCUUGGAGUCGUUCAUGAGCAUGUCCUGGAAGACGCACCUUCGCAAGCUCGGGAAGAUGAUGGCGCCACCAUUCUCAUCCUCGAUCUCAAACUUGGAGCACUGGCAGCCGCAAACUCCACCCAUCUCGUCCACGAACUCGAGGCUGCGGAGCUUGUGGCAGUUCGCGAGCGCGCGGACGAGCGCGCCGCUAAAGUCGAAUCGGCCCCGGAAAUGGAACACCUCGAGGGAGUGGCGGAGAUUGGUGGCCCAGGUGUACAGGAACUGCUCGCCGCUGGAGCUGCGGCACACGAGGCGAUCGAUGAGGAGCUCCCGGAGGCCCGAGCAGCGCUCCAGCAUCCGCGAGUAAAUCUGGAGCAUCUCGCCCGUGGAUCGCCGCCGCCCCCCGGUGCCAUCGCCGCGGUGGUGAUCGCUGCCGCUACAGCUGCUGCUGCCGCUGAUCUCGCUGCUCGAUUCGCUAUUCAGGCUCGAGCCGCAAGUACCUCGGUGGUCGAAAUCGCCGAAGAAGUCGAGGCGGAGGACGUGGACGCCCGUGGAGGAGUAGCGCCACCGCCGGCACACGGUCGCCGCCUGGGCAAUGCGCCGCGCCUCGACGAGCUUGGAGAGAAUGGAGGAGACGAUGCUGUCCGGGAUCACGUCGAUGCUGCCGCUGCUGCCGCUGGAGCUGCCGCCGAAUUCCUCCUCGCCCUCCGCCAUAGCUGCGAGCUCCCCCAGCACUAG